AACAUUAGCUGGUGUGUACACACUGACGCUGCGCAUUUGCCAUUGCGUACUUCUGGCUCGCACUUGUGUACAAUUCGAAAUUCAAAAGCUAUGUGAAGCAAUGUCAAACAAUAAUAGUACAAAUCGUAGACUACAUUAUGAUAGAAAAUUACAGAGUACCUCGCGCAUUACUCCCAAAAUAAGAGAGUAUCUGGCGGAACUGUCCAACGAUCGUGAAUUGGGCCUGGAACGCUUCAUGGCCCUCUCAUCAACCACUUCCACAACGAGCAGCAACGUGAGCGUCGGCGCGCCAAGCAGCCGCUGCCGCAGUCGCAGUCGUAGCAGCAGCUUGGGGGUUGCAACAACAGCUGCAUGCGCAGCUGCCCAGGCCGUCGCUCGAAAGCAAAAGGAAUGCGUCUCGUCAACUGAGAACGUGAAACAGAUACCCAUUGUUAUGGAUACCAACGCGGCAAGUGGUCCACGCAUCGCAUCCGCCUCAGUCGAGGAUGUGCGCACACCAACUAAAGGCACGCAGACGCAAACGCCGCUGAUACAAAACCGCAAGACUCAAACGCCGGAAUCGGCGCUCAAAUCGCACAAGCGUCUUGAAUGGGAUCCCGCCGCUGAUGUGGGUUAUCGCUAUGGUCGUGCUGCCUCCGCCAGCAAUAUUAGCACAUUGGAGCGCUCAGUAUUAGAGGCGGCCAUACAGCCUGCUGCAGGAUGGCCAGGAGGAGAUCGACCCAAUCAUUCAGAAACCGAUUUGAAUCGACUGCAGCAGGAGGGCAAAAAGGAGCAAAAGCAACAGAAGCCAGCUGCACCGCUUGCCUCCAGCACCUUUGUCCAAGGCAAUCGCACUUGCAGUCAGCCACAAACGACGCCUAUAGCUACGCCCGUGGCCACGCCCACACCUGUGCCCAGCCAGAGCUCGCGCAGGGAGAGUUGCGCCACCUCCGCCGUGAGCAGCUUUGACUAUCAGCAUAACUCGCGUCCCUCGACCAGUCAGAGCAACAGUGGAAGUCAAAGCCAAAGCCGAAGCCUCAGCGCCGAGGAGCUGCUGCGUCAUGUGGAGCAGCAGCGUCAAGAGCGUGAAUAUGCAGCGCAGCUGGAGCAGGUGCUGUGCAACCGCCGCAACACAAACAAGGAAAGGAGGGAGCACAAGGAAAAUAAAGAGAACAAAGAGAACAAACAGCCACCGCAGCAGCAACAGCAGCAGCAACAGCAACAGCAGCAACAACAGCAGCAGCAGCAGCUAAAUAAGUCUAGCUGCUCGAGCUCCACUAGCUCGCCCGCUAAAUGCGAUCUGGAUCUGGGCAUUGAUUUGCUCUGCUCGCUGGUUAAUAAGCGCAGCCUUAGCUAUGUCCAAAAGAAACAGCUCAUCCGGGAUAUAGCCAAGCGGUUGGCCUGCCUCGAUCUGAUGACCAGCAGCAGCAGCAGCAUCAACAGUCGAACCGAUGUCAAGCGCGGCCAGCACAAGGAGGCGCAGCUCAAGGAGAAGCAGAGAAGAGAGAAAUUUAUAGCUGGCGGUGCAGAUACUUUGCGCCACAGCCAGCAUCUCAGAAAGGACGUGGGCGUCAAUACAAGUAAAAGGAAUUCGCUGGAGCACCCUGUGCCUGCUGCAACCACGCCAGCUCCAGCAGCUGUGCCUUCUACUGCACCUAGUCCAGCUGCUGCUCGGGCCGCAGCUUCACUGACUCCCGCCUAUACUGCUACGCCCAGGCAGGCUCUCGUCUCUUUGGCUGCUCCUGUGCCUGCUCCUCGCACACGCCUGGCCACGCCCGCACUCUCACCACUGCCCUGCAGCUAUACAUCCACUAGCAGCGGCGCCUCCAAUGAGCUGGUCACCCAAAAGACAAAUAUACAGAUUAGAUACACCGUCGAGGCUGUCGACGAGCAGGCAGCCGUGCAGGAAUGGCUGAAUCCCAUGACGCAGAGCGAGAUUGAGUAUGAGGAGAAGCGACAGCAACGCGUCCAGCUGGACUCGGAGCGACGCACGCAGCUCAACUGGAUCGAAACGGAAAUUAUGCGUCUGCGCACGCUACAGCAUCUAUUGACCAGCGCUGCCAAGGGCGUGCUCCCGCCCCCAUCCAGCGCAAAAAGUGUGCGCAUACCCAUCCAGCUGGAGAAGGACCAUGGUCAGGCCAUGCCAAAUGCAGUGAAUGGCAUGAAGCGAUUAGAUCAAGCGAGGCCAAAAGCAGCGCCACCAGCCACGACCAUUGCAACACCUCCCUGCAGCCUUGGUGGUCCAGCGGCUGCACCUCCUCCGCCUCCUCCUCCACCACCACCACCACCGACGAGACCGCAACUCCCGCCUGCACGUACGCCCGCCACCAAGCAGCUGCAGCGCAGCAAAAUGGCCACGCCCACUGCACUUAGUGAACACUCGGGCAGCACCGAGAGUGUCUGCUCCUUUGUCCAGCAGCGACAGCGCCAGUUCAUGGCCCACUAUCAAAAUCAGCAACAGCAACGCCUGGAGCAGCAGCAGCAGCAACAGCAACAACAGCUCCUCCUGCGACAGCAGCAGCAGAAGCAGCACGUCAUCUAUCGGCAGCAACAGCUGCACCAGCAGCAACAUUAUCAUGCCACGUGCCACAUGCACCAAUGCCCGUAUCAGAAACUCCAACCACACCAGCAAUGUCAGCAACAUCAAUACCAACAACAACAGCAACAACAAAAACAACAAUGCCAACAACAGCCACAAAGUCAAUACAUGGAAAUGCAAUACGCUCAGGCUGUUGGCAAUAUCUAUGGCUGUCUGGAUGAGGGCGCCAUCUACUAUCAAGUGGUCAACUCGCAUGCCUCGCCUUGCCAUGUGCACACUGCGGCAGCAACAGUGACGACGACUGCGGCAGCGGCAUCGGCAGCUGCAGCAGCAACAACUGCAGCAAGUACCAAUUGCACAACCACGAACUCCACCUCAUCCAUGUUGUGCAUUAGCUCGGAGAUGUCCAUACCUUUGAGUUUGGCCAAUGCAUGUGAGGCGACGACGACAACAACAACGACAACAACGCAUCAGUAUGACGAUGUGGCGUGCCAUCAGCAGCAGCUGCAGCUGCGCCAGCGUCGACGUCAAUCACAGCACAGCUCCAGUUCCAGCGAGCAGAAGCGACCGCAGCAGCAGGGCUUGGAGGGGGAACAGAGGCAAUCUCAGCAUAUGCUGCAAGUGCGGCCACGUGGCAUUGCCUAUGUCAUACACUUCAGUUCGGGUGCGGACGCCAGCGAGGAAACGCCGGAGUCAUUAUCCUUGCAGGAUCAUCUGCAACGUGCUCGCCCACAGUUCUGCGCUCAGUCCAAGCAGCGCAAAGCGAUUCUCAAUCAGAUGCAGCUGCUGCGCAAUGCACGCCGCAAAGAGCUCGAGCAGCUCAUCGAAUACGGCAGCCUUGACUCGCUGGACCAGCGACUGGAGCAGCUGCCACCACCUGCCACCUCUCGCGUUCGCAUCUUUACCACGCGCCAGAUGAAGGCGUUGACCAGCAAACGGUGCGAGAAACUGCCCGAGGUGAUUGCCGCACAGAAUCGGGAGUGCGAGGAGCGUCGCCGUCGCAGCAAUCGUAUACUGCGUGACGUCUUCAAUCGGCGUUUGCAGCGUCGCGUUCGCUGUGGCAAGCUCACACUCAAUCACAGUCGCACCGUUAUCUAGUGCAAGUCCAGGCAGCCAACAGUGCCAGUUGCAAAAUA